AAACUGAGAAGGCUACUAAUUAUAUUCAGAAUGAUGGUGUUACAAGUUCUCUGAGGAAACACAUGGAAAGAGGAAAAUUAGAGUGAAAUCUCACAGAAUAUAGAAAGCAAACUCAAUAGUCAUGCAAGUACAUAGCCAUAACUUAUUACAUCAUGAUCAUAGUAGCAAACCUUAGAUGUUUGCCAAACGAACUGAGUUGAAAUCACACAACUGUGCUAUAAUCUCUGGAAAAAUUUGGUGGUUUUAAAAGCCAUAUAGUCACUCAGCAAUUUUCAUUGUACUUUCUGCAGAGGAUGCUCAGCUGACUCCUGUUUUACGACUUGGAGCUGGAGCAUGUGCUGGAAUAAUUGCCAUGUCUGCAACUUAUCCAAUGGAUAUGGUUCGAGGCAGGAUAACUGUACAGAUUCCUUAUGUGGGUCUCAACUUUGCUGUCUACGAGUCUUUAAAAGAUUGGUUAAUCAAAUCCAAACCGUUUGGUCUAGCUCAAGAUUCUGAGUUGAGUGUGACAACACGUCUGGCUUGUGGUGCUGUUGCCGGAACUUUUGGACAAACUGUUGCUUAUCCUCUCGACGUCAUUCGUCGAAGAAUGCAGAUGGUGGGCUGGAACCAUGCUGCUUCUGUUGUAGCUGGGGACGGAAGAGGCAAGGUCCCGCUCGAAUACACUAGAAUGAUAGAUGCAUUUAGGAAAACCGUUCGGUACGAGGGAUUUGGUGCAUUAUACAAGGGGCUGGUGCCAAAUUCUGUAAAGGUGGUGCCGUCCAUAGCAAUCGCAUUUGUAACGUAUGAGGUGGUGAAGGACAUUCUAGGAGUCAAGUUCCGAAUAUCAGACUGAAGUUUGAUAUCAGUAUAAUAUCUAUUUAAGUAUUUAACCGUUUGGUUUUUCGUUUUUGUAGGCAAGGGGAUGCAGAGAUGAUAGAUCAUAGUUGUUAUUUUUCUUUCAUUUUAGAAACUCUUAGAUUUAGUGCCCAUAAAUUUAUUCCCUUGUUUUUUUUCCUUGUGAACACUCUGUAGCUUUCACAGCUUCUUAUUCAUCUUCUAUGUCAAUAAAUUGUGGAAAAAACAAUGCAACUACAUAGCUACCUUGCUCUUUGCACGAGUCAAGAAAGCGUUUUUCCUCCUAGUGGAAUUCGCAGGGAAAGAUUAUUGAGAUUUUAGAUCCCUAUUCAAAGCAAAUUGUAGGUUUGGAACUAA